GCCACUUUUAGUGAACCAACACCAUCGGCCAUCUAGGUAGGCCACGAUGUCUUCGAGGGGCACGGGAAUGCCAAGGAGGCACGCGAACAUCGAAGAUGCCAAUGAGGAUGAAGAGGAUCUCAUCGAGUGGGAGCAGCAGACAACAAGGGACACAGUCCUCUGGCUCAUCGACGCCGGCACAAAGAUGCACGACACGCUCAUCCCCGCUUCGAACGAAGGCCAGGACGAUGAUGCGCCCGAGGUCAGCCUAUUUCAUAGGGCGAUGCAGGCUGCCUUUUCCUUUCAGAAAAGCAAGCUGGUCAACAGUCCCAAUGACCUGGUCGGCAUAAUCCUCUUCAAUACGGACGAGACCCGAGUCGAGGAAGCUGGCAAGAAUGUGUCGCAUCCAAACAGUGUCACAGUAGAGAAGAUUCGGCAGGUCGAUGUCCCGUCGCUUUCAGAGCUCAAGGAUGAUCUUCAGAACUCUCUCGACAAUGGCACAUCUUACUUCCGCGACAAAUACAAACCCAGCGUCAAGCAGUCUCGCAUACACCAUGCGCUUGGAAACGCCGAAGCGAUGAUCUUGAAUGCCGGUAAAACUGGCUCCAAGCGAAUAUUUUUUGUCACGAAUGAAGAUGAUCCUAUGGGAGACAAGAAAGGAAAAGCGGAGCAGCAGAGGCUUGCUCUGGAGAAAGUCAAAAGCAUGACGAAGCGAGGCAUCGAAUUCGAGCCCUUUCUCAUCUCUACAGAGGACCAUCCCUUCGAUACGUCUCUCUUCUACGCUGACCUCUUUUCUGUCUACAACGAUGAUGACGACGAGACACUAUCGACCAGCGAAGCCCCCGAUUCGUCAGCGGUCAAACGGCCAUGGAAUGCCACGACCAAGUUCGACACGCUCGAAGAGGAUGUUGGUGCUAGGCAGACGCCCAAGCGAACGAUCUUCAGCGUUCCUCUAAUGCUAGGACAUGGUGUCACAAUGGGCGUCAAAGGAUACUGCACGAUCGUUCGGGCAACCAAAGGCUUACCGGUCAAAGUCAAGGCAGUUCCUGGAGAAGACGAAGAUGAUCCAGUGGUGUACAAGGAGAUCAUCACUGAUACGUCGCUCGCAUGCGUGGACACGGGAAGAGAGCUCGACAAAGACCGAGACAUCGACGUGGCAUUCUCCUUUGGAGGUGACGCUAGCCUCCGCUCCAAGGUCCGCUUUUCCCCAAACGAAAUGAAAGCAUUGAGGAUGUUUGGACAGAAACCAAGCAUAAAGAUCUUGGGCUUCAAGCCGAUUACUGAACUACGAUUUUACGAGAAUGUCAAGCAUUCCUACUUCAUAUAUCCUUCGGACGACGCAUGGAAGAAUUCGGUGCGGUGCUUCUCUUCACUGCUCAUGAGUAUGGCAAAGAAGAAAAAGAUGGCGUUGGCUAUCUUUUGCGGUCGAAUGAACGCGACGCCAUGCUUCGCUGCACUGUUGCCUCAGCUCGAGGAGCGCGACGACGAGGGGCAGAAGGAGCCUCCGGGGAUGUAUGUGAUCCCUUUGCCCUUCGCCGACGACAUUCGUGAGCCGCCCGAGAAGCAGCAAGGCAUGCUCGUUGCCAACGACGAGGAAGUGCAGGCGGCUCACGGCAUCGUGCGAGCGUACACCAAAAACUCCGCUUUCAACCCAGACUUUUUCCCUAAUCCAGCAUUGAAUCAUCACUACAAGGUUCUCCUGGCCGUCGCGUUCAACGACGAGGUGCCAGAAGAGGUCGAUGACAAGACGAUGCCGGCCUAUGCGACGAUCAAGAAGCGCGCAGGCGACCUCAUCACGGAGUGGAACGGCGUCAUUGAAGACGACGAGCGUACAUCGCGAAGCUUCGACAACGGCGAUGAUGGCGAUGGGGUCCGGACAAGCAGCAAGAAAAGGCCGGCUGAUUUUGGCAAUGACGAGGAGCCAGACCUCAAGCGGAGGCACCGAGAGGGCAUCCUCGGCUCGCUCGUCAAUGAUAAACUCAAGGCAGCGUGCGAGUACUACCGCCUACCAAAGACGGGAAACAAGGCAGAUCUGGUCACAAGACUUGGCGAAUACCUUGACAAGGUUGCCGCAAAGAGCAGGAAGGAGUUGGAGGACGCCGAUUAGAUGAUUACGGUGCUCUGGCUGUGGCUUCCAUUCUCAUAUGUAUUUGUACCAUACUUUUUCGAAUUGUCCACAAAUCAUUCUGGA